GUGUUUUCUCUUGUAUUUGAAGGUUAAACUUUCUAGCCUGAAUUUGGAUGACCAUGCAAAGAAGAAGCUCAUUAAACUUGUAGGAGAACGGUACUGUAAGGACACAGAUACACUCACAAUCACAACAGACAGGUGUCCACUAAGAAGACAGAACUAUGAUUAUGCCGUUCACCUCCUCACAGUUUUGUACCAUGAAUCUUGGAAAACUGAGAUGUGGGAGAGUGAGAAGUCAGAGGAAGACAUGGAAGAGUAUAUCUGGGAAAAUAGCUGCUCUCAGAAAAAUGCUCUGGAUACCCUACUUCGAAUAAAAGCCUCAGAGAAUGUCAGUAAUGUAACUAAGGAAGAGCUGCUUGCAUCUGAAGUGGUUAAGAAUUACAGAAACUCUGUAAUUGCACUGAAAAAUGAAGGUGAAACAGAAGAUAACAUGUCUCAUUAUAAGGAAUCUGUAAAGAAGCUGUUGAACAUACAAGCAUUAUGA